AUGAGCAACACAACGGCCAACAGUUCCGGAAACUAUGUCUGCGCCUCUGCGAGUUGUAUUUUUACAAAAGAAGAACGCGAUGUUAUCGUAGUCUCGCUGUUUUCCAUUGCAGUAAUCUCACUGGCUGGAAAUAUUCCCAUUUUGAUUGUGAUUCUCUUUUCGGCGAAGAGGAGGAAUUCCUCCAACCUGUCGACUGUUAAUUUAGUCGUGUCAGACUUGCUCAUGACGGUGUUUUGCAUACCGUUUGUGACUUUGGAUAUGUACGUGUAUGACGCUUGGGUCUUUGGAUCUGCCAUGUGCCGUCUUGUAACAUUUGUACAGAAUUCUGCGAUCGUUGCCUCCUUGUUGAACCUUCUGACUAUAACGUGUGAGAAAUUUCUCGCUAUUCGGUUUCCGUUUCAUCUGCGCCUCAGAAAAAAACUGGUUUGCCGCUCCAUGCCCGUCGCAUGGAUCAUAGCCAUUGCACACUCAAUUUUCUACGUACAUUUCAGAAGAAGGAUGGAGUUUGGUGGUACAUAUUACUGCAUCGAUGAUUGGCCGGACAGUCAAACAUUAACAAAAGCACUGGUGAUUCUUAAAUCAAGCAUGUUUUUUGUUCCCCUAACUUUGAUUGUAGUCCUGCACUCCAUCACAAUGCACACCCUCUUCAGAGGUAGAAACACCUUCCAACUUCAACAACAUAAUGGGGAUAGGAACUUGUUUCGCACUACUGCUAGAAAGCAAAGACGUCAAAGAAAAGCCGUCAAGAUUAUCCUUGCAACUCUUGUCUCCAUAAUAAUGUGCUGGGGGCCUUUCCAUAUUCUAACCUUGUUUCUGCUGCUCCGGCAAGACGAAGGAUUCGGAAGGAAUGUCUACAUUGCUUACACUGUUUCUGUCUGGUUGCUGUUUUCUCACUGCUCUGUUCUUCCAUUUAUUUUCUUCUUUUUGACAAAGAAAGGUAAGGAGACUAUGGACACUUUUUCACUUUGCCUUCGAACCUGCUCCAUGCCGGGAGGCUCUAACUCUGGAUCUCUGUUGCUUGACACUUCCAAUAACCAUGGAAGCAGAGGAAGCAGCUUCCGAGGGAGUGUGCGGUAUUCAAGCUGGCGAAAAGGGUUUGCAGUCGUCAGCGAAAGUCGUUUGUAGUUAAAUUUUGUAAAAAGGCUAUACGAGAAACGAGAAGAAAGAGUUCAAAAACCAAGUAUGCUUGAAAAGUGAAGCAAUGACUGCAUGUGUCAUUUUAAGAAAGCCUAAAACCCAUUCAAGGAAACCUUCAAAUGUGGCUGCGCCCCAACUUUAAGCCUUAUCCAAAUCUUUGGGUAAUUUUUAAUCAGAAUGCAAAAGCCAGCAAUCAUGACUUCACCCUCGGAGGUGCUUGUUGAUCCGCCUGAAGGGGCAUUAUAGUAUAUUUUAGUAUUAGUUUUAUUCUAUGGUCUAUGAUUUGUUUUUAAACUCCUGCACAGCGUAAAUUUUUAAAUCGAUAGGGACACAUCAUGUUGACUAUAGUUGUACUAAUUGACAGUAUUUAUAUUCAUUAUCCCUGAGCGUUCAAUAUGUGAUUAGAAAGUCGAAUAUCAUAAGUAAUGUUUCUAGGAAUAUGUCAAAGCAGGGGGCUGAAACAGUCUAAACGUGAGCCUCGUUUUCAAACAUUUCCCUCGAUAAUGAAUAACCGAAAAUAGUCUUAUGUCAAAGCCACUCAAUGACUUCUUUUGGUCUCAAUAUUACCCUUAAAAGUAUGGGUUUCUCUUAAUUAGCUUUGGUAAUACUUACACGGUGAUCCAGAGUCACUUGUCCGGUUACAUAAAGAUUUUUCUCUUUAGUAGAAACUUGAAUACUGGGUGGUUAUAAGUGAAACUCAAACACAAACGACUGUCGAGCAUUACUUACCGCGAAGAAGAAAGAGCCGGACCUCUGGCUACACUUCAGCGGAUUAUGAAUGAUAUCUGAAGAAUGUCUGCCAGAACAAACAAUCCAGUCCAUAUCCUGAAUUUGCCAAGGAACAGGAACUUUUAACAAUUAUUUUAGUAGUGGUAUCGGUCCAAUUAUAGGGACUUUUUCUGCACAUUUAUGCAAGUAGGGAGAGCAGGAGGUGGGCGCAUUAGAAGUAGUGUGUUGGAGGGGUCAUGAGCAUAAAAUCCGAAAAUUCAUUAACAUAGAAAUCCUAAUUAUUAGGAGCAGGAGAGUGUAAACGAUUAUUGGGCUGCCCCUGGGCAACGCCUAAUUAAGUUCUGAGUAGCGUCUUUGCCGAAAUGAAAUGCAAAAUGGCGGACGCAUAACCAAGAGGGGGUUUCGUGUUCCGUCCCUCCUGCAAUGGGGACAAUUACUUGAUUUUUCGGGGAAAUAGGAUUAGUCAUUUCAGAUAUAAACAAACAGACUCGGCUUGGAACGAAAACAAAAUUCUGGAGUUAAGUUAUCAGUCCUGACUAAACUUCACAGUCAAUCGCAUUCGGUAUACCCCUGACGUAAAUUAUGUGACGUAAUAAAGCUUGGUGAAGCAAAGGUGUGGUACGUAACGCUACAGUGCAGUUAUCGUGGAUUGGACAGCGGAAGAGCUGGUCAGCAUGGAUAGAAAAACUAGGAAGAUAUUGGCAGUGAAUGGUUGUCUACACCAAGGAAAGAAGGGGAAGGGGGAUGCUUGGUAUUGAGUAGUGUGUCAAGGAGGAGAGCAAAACCUGCAUGGCUACCUGAGAAAAAGCACAGAGUGGGUGCGAAUGGUUUUGAAGGAAAAGGUGCUUGUUGAAAAAAAAUCUUCAGGACUACCAGAGGAGAAGGAAAGAGGAGAAAGUUAAGAACUGGAAGGAAAAAAGCCCUACAUGGAGAGUUUUCUCUACAAACUUCAGAUGUGUCUGGAGAGGAGUCCUGGUUGGAGAUGGCUCAGGAAUGUGUUGUUAAAGAGGGGAAAAGAAGGCUUUAUCCUCGCCGCACUAGAGCAAGCUUUAAGAACAAUUCGGUCAAGCACAGCAUAAAUAAGACACCUGAGACAUCACUGGGCAGAUUAUGUGGUGACUCCACUGAAACAGUACGACAUAUUGUCAGCGGAUGCAGCAAGCUUGCCCAGAGAGAAUAUAGGAAGAAUCAAGACAAGGUGGCCCUACAGGUACACUAUGAGCUAUGCAGAACGUAUGGGUUAGAGCGUACCGACAAGAAGUACGACCAUCAUCCCGUACCAGUUGCGGAAAAUGGAGAAUUGAGAAUAAUUAACAAUUAUUCUUUGAAAUCGAGGUGA